AUGAGGGUCUGCUGCCCCUUCCCUCUGCUCAGUCCAGCGAAGGCUGGAGGAGCCCUGGUGGCUCUGAGCAGUUCGCCGCAGGGUCAGAGCUUCAAGCCCAGCAGUUGUGCUGACCGAGAAAGAUUCAUCCACUUCCAGCCCCUCAUCUCCGAGGAGUCCAGCUACCCGGGGUCCCCUCGCUACUCCUUGAGCACCCCGCAGAUACCCCCGACCAAGGAGAAGAAGCGGAGCCUGGGCAAAACGUCCUCGCACAUGCUGGAGAGCCAAGUGAAGGACCUGGGGGGGCAGGUGCAGGACUUGGACAGGCAGCUCCGGACGGUGGAGAACCAGGUGCAGGACCUCGUCAGCCACGUGGAGUUCUUCACCGCGCAGGCCACCGGGUCCGAUCUGGAGCCCCGCGAGUGGCUGGAGGGGCAGGCGAUGGGGUCUGAGAGGGCAGGGGCCGUGGAGGGGCUCGAGAAGCUCCCAAAGUCCCCAACCACAGCCUUGACGAAGCUGAUGGCCCCACGGGAGCUCCCGAAGAAGGGGAUGGCCAGGCCCGACAAGUCCGUGACCUCAGAGAAGCUGAAAAAGGUGGUGAAGCAAGCCCCGAAGGACGGCCUGGAGGACGAAAGGACAGAGGGCGACUUCCAGGCUCAGGACCUGGGGAUGCUCCAGGACAUCAUUCAAGAUUUCAGCACCCUGAGGGAGUCCCAGCAAAUGGUGGAGGAACCCCUCCAGUUGACGCCCCAGAAAAUCCUUGAGAUGCGGGUCGACAUGCUGGAGAAGCAGAUCAAAGACCGGGACAACUUCCUGAACAUAGUGGGCCGGAAGCUGAGCGUCAUUCCCGUUGGAGAGGAUGUCACCAUGGUCACUUGGGAAGAGCUGGAGCAGGCCAUCACGGAUGGAUGGAAGACUUCUCAGGCGCCUGGGGUAGAUCAGAGAGGUUUGGAGCAGCCUGGGGUAGACCAGAGAGGCUUGGUGCAGCCUGGGGUAGACCAGAGAGGUUUGGUGCAGCCUGGGGUAGACCAGAGAGGUUUGGUGCAGCCUGGGGUAGUCCAGGGUGGCUUGGUGCAGCCUGGGGUAGACCAGGGUGGCUUGGUGCAGCCUGGGGUAGACCAACGUGGCGUGGUACAGCCUGGGUUAGACCAGCAAGGCUUCGUGCAGCCUGGGGUAGACCAGAGAGGCUUUGUGCAGCCUGGGGUAGACCCACGUGGCUUGGUGCAGCCUGGGGUUGACCAGCGUGGCUUGGUGCAGCCUGGGGUAGACCCACGUGGCUUGGUGCAGCCUGGGGUAGACCCACGUGGCUUGGUGCAGCCUGGGGUUGACCAGCAUGGCUUGGUGCAGCCUGGGGUAGACCAGCAUGGCUUGGUGCAGCCUGGGGUUGACCAGAGAGGCUUGGUGCCUGGGGUAGACCAGAGAGGCCUGGUCCAACCAGGCACAGUCCAAGGGCGUGUCAUGAUACAGCCUGGCACAGUCCAGAGUGCCAUGGUGCAGCCUGAUGCAGACCAACAGGGCUUGGUCCCACCAGACACAGACCAACGCGCCAUGGUGCAGCCUGGUGCAACCCAGCCUGGCAUGGUUCAACCUGGCAUAGUCCAGCAAGCCAUGGUGGAGCCUGGUAUAGAUCAACACCAGCGUGGCCUGGUGCAACCCGGGGUAGACCAGCGUGGCCUGGUGCAGCCCGGGGUAGACCAGCGUGGCCUGGUGCAGCCCGGGGUAGACCAGCGUGGCCUGGUGCAGCCCGGCGUAGACCACCAGCGUGGCCUGGCGCAGCCCGGGGUGGACCAGCGUGGCCUGGCGCAGCCCGGCGUGGACCAGCGUGGCCUGGCCCAGCCCUGGGUGGACCAGCGUGGCGUGGCGCAGCCCGGGGUAGAUCAGCGUGGUCUGGCGCAGCCCGGGGUAGACCAGCGUGGCUUGGUGCAGCCUGGGGCAGACCAGCGUGGCUUGGUCCAGCCUGGGGUAGACCAGCGUGGCUUGGUCCAGCUUGGGGUAGACCAGCGUGGUUUGGCGCAGCCCGGGGUAGACCAGCGUAGUUUGGCGCAGCCCGGGGUAGACCAGCACCAGCGUGGCUUGGCCCAGCCUGGGGUAGACCAGCGUGGCUUUGAGCAGCCCUGGGUAGACCAACGUGGCUUGGUACAGCCCGGGGUAGACCAGCGUGGCUUAGUGCAGCCCGGGGUAGACCAGCGUGGCUUAAUGCAGCCCGGGGUAGACCAGCGUGGCUUAAUGCAGCCUGGGGUAGGCCAGCGUGGCUUUGUGCAGCCCGGGGUAGAUCAGCGUGGCUUUGUGCAGCCUGGGGUAGAUCAGCGUGGCUUUUUGCAGCCCGGGGUAGACCAGUAUGGCUUAGUGCAGCCCGGGGGAGUCCAGCGUGGUUUGGUCCAGCCCAGGGGAGUCCAGCGUGGCUUGGUGCAGCCCGGGGUAGACCAGCGUGGUCUGGUUCAACCUGGUGUAGACCAGCGUGGCUUAAUUCAACCUGGUCCAGGCCAACGUGGCUUAGUCCAACCUGGUAUAGACCAGUUUGGUCCGAUUCAACCAGGUGUAGGUCAGUUUGGUUUGGCUCAACCUGGGGUAGACCAGCGUGCCUUACUUCAACCUGGGCUGCUUCAACAAGGCGAGGAGCCCACCAGGAGAGACCGUUCUGGCCUCCUCUACCAAAGCCUAUCAGACAUGAUCGAGGACUCAAGUGAACAAGAGCACCAGGAUUCACUGGAUAAGUUGAGUCCAAGCUUCCCCAUUGCAGUGGAGACGUUUCGCCUGAUGGGAGAAGUCGUUGCCCUCUAUUUGGAGCUCAAGGAUUAUAUAAGGGAUGUGGACGAGGAGCAAGCGGGCCAGACAGACUUGGAAAAGAUCCAGUAUGUGAUUGCACAGAUGGUCAAAAAGAGUAUAUCCACUGACCUGCAGGAACAGAUGAAGGGCAUAAAGGCCUUAACUAAAGAAAUUCGGCAGGAAAAAGCAAAAGUGGACAGGCUGCAGAGGAUCCUGGAGGGUGAUGGGGGGAGAGAAAACGGGAAGGAGAUGAAAACCGGCCAGCUGAGCUUGCAGCUGGGCAUCCUCAGAGACACGGUGGCUGACAUUGAGAAGGAGCUGGCCGACCUGAGGGAGAGCCAAGAGCGGGGCAAGGUCAGCAUGGAGCACUCCGUCUCCGAGGCUUCCCUUUACCUGCAGGAUCAGCUGGACAAGCUCCGGACCAUCAUCGAGAGCAUGCUCACCUCCUCGUCCACGCUGCUGUCCAUGAGCAUGGGCCCUCACAAGCCCCCGAUCACCUUGGCGCCUGACCAGAUUGACCCUGAGGCCACCUGCCCCGCCUGCAGCCUGGACCUGGGCCACCAGGUCAGCACCCUGGUGCAGCGCUACGAGCAGCUCCAGGACAUGGUCAACAACCUGGCCUCCACCCGGCCCUCCAAGAAGGCCAAGCUCCAGAGCCAGGGCAUCGAGAAGCUGGAGCGGGAGAAAGCCAACAGAGAUCAUCUGGAGAUGGAGAUCGACGUGAAAGCUGACAAGAGUGCCCUGGCAGGCAAAGUGAGCCGCAUCCAGUUUGAUGCCACCACGGAGCAGUUGAACCACAUGAUGCAGGAGCUGGUGGCCAGGAUGAGUGGGCAGGAGCAGGACUGGCAGAAGAUGCUGGACAAGCUCCUGGUGGAGAUGGACAGCAAGCUGGACCGCCUGGAGUUGGACCCGGUGAAACAGCUGCUGGAGGACCGCUGGAAGUCCCUGCGGCGGCAGCUCAAGGAGCGCUCUCCCCUCUUCCAGGCGGACGAGGCCGCCAUCAUGCGGCGGCAGCUCCUGGCCCAUUUCCACUGCCUCUCCUGUGACCGCCCCCUGGAGACACCUGUGUCUGGACAAGUCAUCCCGGUGACCCCGGUGGGGCAGAGCCUCCCCGGGCACCGGUCCUCCCGGCCAUACACCAUCUUUGAGCUGGAGCAGGUUCGCCAGCAGAGCCGCAACCUCAAGUUGGGCAGUGCCUUCCCAAGGGCCGAGCUGGGCCAGAUGGAGAGGAGCGUGGGCCGCCUGCGCAGCAUGCACUCCAAGAUGCUGAUGGACAUCGAGAAGGUGCAGGUCCACUUCGGGGGCUCCGUCAAGGCCAGCAGCCAGAUGAUCCGGGAGCUCCUGCAGUCCCAGUGCCUGGGCACUCCCUGCUAUAAACGGGUGCUGGACCUGACCGACUACACCUACUCUUCGGCACCCAGGCGCUGUGGAGGCAGCCACACCCUGACCUACCCCUAUCGCCGCACCCGCCUGCAGCACCUGCCUCAGGGCCUGCUCCCCACAGAGGAGACCCAGAUUGCCAGGAAGCAUGACGAGGUGGACAUCCUGGGUCUGGACGGACACAUUUACAAGGGGCGGAUGGAUACAAGGCUGCCGGGCAUCCUGACGAAAGACACCUCAGGACUUGCCAAGCACAAGUCGAAGCUGCCCUCCCGGGCCCUCGUGCACCGGCAGCAGUCCCUGAGCGGCCACAGCCAGCUGCCCCUGCGGCCUCAGAGUGCACAGACAAUGGUUGGCAGCAACACAGCCCUGUCCCGCCAGCGGGCAGACAGACCCAUGUCCUCCGAAGGGCGCCUUGCUGAGCUGAACUUGCUGCACCAAACCAGCCCCACGGAGACGGCCAGCCGGCCAGGGGGCAGCUCCUUGGAUCUGGAGAUGCACAUGGCCGUGCCUCCCCAGGAGGGCAUGGAGGAGCCUACCCGGGGGCCGAGGGCCACUACACGCUGA